GCCACCGGCACUUGCUAAGUGCGCUGAAACUAUGCGAGUGGGAAAGCAGGACUGGCGGACUCGGGGCCAGGCGGAGAGCGGACUAAACGCGAGGGAUGAGGGAGGAGAAAGGAAAUCAAGCCGGGGCAAAUUCGCAGAUUCCUGGAAGAGACUGAGUUCGAAGCAGAGUUCGCUGAAGCGCGCUGGCCUCCCGUCUCAGCAACAGCAGGCCCAGAAAUCAUGGAUAGAGAGAGCUUUUUGCAAGCGAGAAUGCGUCCACAUUAUACCAAGCACGAAAGACCACCAUAGGUGCUGUUGUGGGCGACUAAUGGGCCAACAUGUUGGAUUACCCCCUGCGAUCUCCAUCAGCCAGAACGAUAGUGGCGAAUGCCGAAGUACAAAGAAUGAUCUGGAGAAAUGGUCAGUCAGCAAGCAUACCCAGCUCAGCCCAACAGAUGCCUUUGGCACAAUUGAAUUUCAGGGAGGAGGACAUUCUAACAAAGCUAUGUAUGUGCGUGUUUCAUUUGACACAAAGCCUGACUUGCUCUUACACCUGAUGACAAAGGAAUGGCAGCUGGAUCUCCCAAAGUUACUGAUCUCUAUUCACGGUGGCCUCCAAAACUUUGAGCUUCAACCUAAACUAAAACAAGUCUUUGGAAAGGGCUUAAUUAAGGCAGCUAUGACAACAGGGGCUUGGAUCUUCACUGGAGGUGUGAAUACAGGGGUCAUUCGGCAUGUCGGAGAUGCACUCAAGGACCAUGCCUCGAAGUCCAGAGGACGGAUCUGCAUUAUAGGCAUCGCUCCAUGGGGUAUUGUGGAGAAUCAGGAGGAUCUGAUUGGAAAGGAUGUGGUCCGCCCUUACCAGACCAUGUCCAACCCCUUGAGCAAGCUGACAGUGUUGAACAGCAUGCACUCACAUUUCAUCCUGGCAGACAACGGCACAACAGGCAAAUACGGAGCUGAGGUGAAGUUACGGAGGCAACUGGAGAAGCACAUUUCCCUACAGAAGAUUAACACCAGAAUUGGACAGGGAGUUCCGGUGGUGGCUCUCAUUGUGGAAGGUGGACCCAACGUAAUUUCCAUUGUGCUGGAGUACCUGCGAGACACCCCUCCCGUCCCAGUAGUGGUCUGUGAUGGCAGUGGCCGGGCUUCAGACAUCCUUGCCUUCGCCCACAAAUAUUCGGAGGAUGGUGGGGUGAUAAAUGAAUCUUUGAGAGACCAGCUGCUCGUCACCAUUCAGAAGACCUUCAACUACAGCCGCACUCAGGCCCAGCACCUCUUUAUCAUUUUAAUGGAGUGCAUGAAAAAGAAGGAAUUGAUUACGGUCUUCAGAAUGGGCUCAGAGGGACAUCAGGACAUUGAUUUGGCUAUUCUAACAGCACUCCUUAAAGGAGCCAAUGCUUCAGCACCAGAUCAGCUUAGUUUAGCUUUAGCCUGGAACAGAGUGGACAUUGCUCGGAGUCAAAUCUUUAUCUAUGGACAGCAGUGGCCGGUGGGUUCCCUCGAGCAAGCCAUGCUUGAUGCACUGGUGCUGGAUCGUGUGGAAUUUGUGAAGCUGCUGAUUGAGAACGGGGUGAGCAUGCAUCGGUUCCUCACCAUCUCCAGGCUCGAAGAGCUCUACAACACCAGACAUGGCCCAUCCAACACUUUGUACCAAUUAGUCAGGGAUGUCAAAAAGCGAGAAUACCAAGCAUUCAGCUGGAUCUAUUUUCAGGGGAACCUUCCUCCUGAUUAUAGAAUCAGUUUAAUUGACAUCGGGCUGGUGAUUGAGAACCUGAUGGGAGGAGCUUAUCGCUGCAAUUACACGCGCAAAAGGUUUCGAACUCUAUACCAUAAUCUGUUUGGUCCAAAACGGCCCAAGGCUCUGAAGCUGCUGGGAAUGGAGGAAGAACCCCCCAUGCGGAGAGGCAGGAAGCCCACCAAGAAGAGGGAAGAAGAUGUAGACAUCGAUCUGGAUGACCCAGAGAUCAAUCACUUCUCCUACCCAUUUCAUGAGCUGAUGCUCUGGGCUGUUCUCAUGAAGCGACAGAAGAUGGCACUGUUCUUCUGGCAGCACGGUGAGGAGGCUAUGGCCAAGGCACUUGUUGCCUGCAAGCUCUGCAAAGCCAUGGCCCACGAGGCUUCCGAGAACGACAUGGUGGACGACAUCUCCCAAGAGUUAAACCACAACUCCAGGGAGUUUGCGCAACUUGCUGUCGAACUACUGGACCAGUCCUACAAGCAGGAGGAGCAGAUGGCCAUGAAGUUGCUGACCUACGAGCUGAAGAACUGGAGUAACUCCACCUGCCUGCAGCUGGCUGUGGCAGCUAAGCACCGAGACUUCAUUGCUCAUACCUGCAGUCAGAUGCUCCUCACGGACAUGUGGAUGGGACGGCUGAGGAUGCGCAAAAAUUCCAGCCUGAAGGUAAUUCUGGGAAUCCUACUGCCCCCAUCAAUCCUCAGCCUGGAAUUUAAGAAUAAAAAUGAGAUGUCAUACAUGCCCCACAGCCAGGAGUCACCUUUACUCGGGAAAGAAGGGGAGGAGCCUGAGAAACCAGUUAAAGAAAAGGAGGAAGAGGAUAUGGAGUUCACAGCAAUGCUUGAUGGGGUGAGUGGAGAAUCGGCUCGAAAGAAAAACGAAGAAGAAGUACCAACAGUACAUAGAAUGAUCCCAUUUGGAAGAAAAAUCUAUGAAUUCUACAGUGCUCCAAUUGUUAAGUUCUGGUUUCAUACGCUGGCAUACUUUGGCUAUCUGAUGCUUUUUAAUUACAUCGUUUUGGUGAAGAUGGAGCGGUGGCCAUCAGUACAGGAGUGGAUAGUCAUUUCUUACAUCUUCACACUCGGCAUAGAGAAGAUGCGAGAGAUCCUGAUGUCAGAGCCUGGUAAGCUAUUGCAGAAAGUGAAGGUCUGGCUGCAGGAGUACUGGAACAUCACCGACCUCAUGGCUAUCCUGCUUUUCUCUGUGGGGAUGGUGCUACGCCUGCAGGAGAAGCCAUACAUGAGCUACGGCCGGGUCAUCUACUGCGUUAACAUCAUUUACUGGUACAUUCGCCUAUUAGACAUCUUCGGGGUCAACAAGUAUCUGGGGCCUUAUGUCAUGAUGAUUGGAAAAAUGAUGAUCGACAUGAUGUACUUUGUCAUCAUCAUGCUGGUAAUUUUAAUGAGCUUUGGAGUGGCCCGCCAAGCAAUACUUCACCCCAAUGAAGAUCCGUCCUGGAGGCUGGCAAGAAACAUUUUCUACAUGCCCUAUUGGAUGAUCUAUGGAGAAGUGUUCGCUGACCAAAUUGACCCUCCAUGUGGGGCUGGAGUAUCGGAGGAUGGUAAACCCCUACCUCCUUGUAUUACUGGAGCAUGGAUCAUCCCUGCUAUAAUGGCCUGUUAUCUCUUAGUUGCAAAUAUUCUGCUGGUGAACCUCCUCAUAGCUGUAUUCAACAACACAUUUUUUGAAGUGAAGUCGAUAUCAAACCAGGUUUGGAAGUUUCAGAGGUACCAAGUGAUCAUGGCUUUCCAUGAGAGGCCCGUCCUGCCUCCACCACUGAUCACCUUCAGCCACAUGACUAUGGUCUGCCAACACAUUUGCUGCCGCUGGCGCAAGCAGGAACGUGAGCAAGAGGACAAGGAUUACGGCCUCAAACUAUGCAUAACUGAAGAUGAACUAAAAAAACUGCACGACUUUGAGGAACAGUGUAUAGAAGAGUAUUUUCGAGAAAAAGAUGAUAUGUUUAAUUCUUCAAAUGAUGAAAGAAUUAGAGUUACUGCUGAACGGGUAGACAACAUGUCGAUGCGGCUGGAGGAGGUGAAUGAGAGGGAACACUUCAUGAAGGCGUCCCUGCAGACCAUGGACAUCAGGCUGGGGCAGCUGGAGGAGCUGGCGGCGCGCAUGGCAACGGCCUUGGAGCGGCUGGCCGGCCUGGAAAAGGCCGAGGGCAAUAAGGUGCCAUCCAGGACGUCAUCGGACUGCACCGAGGCCGCCUGCAUCCUGCGCCAGAGCAGCUUCAACAGCCAGGAGGGCAACUGCGGGGGGUACCGGCUGCCCGAAUGCGGCGAGCAUGUGGCUGAGGAGCCAGUGUCCCCCACGUCGCCCAUCGUCAUGCCAAGAAUGAGGAGCCAUUCCUUCUACCUGGUAAGCCCGAAACCAAGGGCCGGCAGCGAGAGGUGCGACUUCCCCUUCAAGGAGAGGUCACUGAGCUUGCAGAGGGCUAGCAGCUCACAGAUGGUGGCAGUGGUGCCCAAGCCUGAGACGGCCGAUGGAAAAAAAGGGCUGGCUUGUGUUGACACGGAAGCCGACAGCUCCUCCCUCCGGGUGCCAGCCGCCCUUCACCCGCCCGAUGUAGUGGCCGCCCUACUGAGGGCGCCAGCACCCGGCUGGCCUGAGGAGGAGGUGCCUGUGCCCGCUGAUGAGCUGCUGGUGGGAGACGGUCUGCCGGACAGUUGGUGGGCGGGCGAGUCGCAGCCACUGGAGCGCUCCAAGAGCAGCCGGUACCUGUGUAGCCCGGCGAUAUGUGCCGAGGCCUCAUGCCUGGUGGUUAAAUCGCACAGCUUCGCCUUGCCAUCGUCGUCGUCAUCCCACAGUUACUAUGGCUGCCUGGGCGUCCCAGUGAAAACAGCUGAGUAUACCAGCAUUACCGACUCCAUCGACACCCGCUGCGUGUCCGCUGCCGCCGCCGCCAGCACCCUCCAUGCUGAACACUCACCCCUGUCCAGUGGCUCGCACGGCGACCACUCCAGCGGCCUGGACGACGGUGUUGCCUGUCACCCAGAGCGGGAGGCCGAGCUCAGCCACCCCAGUUCAGAGAACGAUGAGGACGAAGAGGUCGGAGGCCUCGGUGGGGGAACCCCGCCCGCCCUCUACAAGCUGGAACGGGCCAACAGCUGCACGGCGGCCGAUCCCGCCAGCCCGGCGCCUCAUGCCAGGAAAAGCUGCUCCAUCAGUGACCGACUGGACAGGCAGCGCAACUCAGUGGCCGCCACCACCACCAUCGCCACUGCUGCCUUGCACGGUCCAUUCCAGCGUAGCCGCUCAUCUCGGCCCGACGUCAGGUCUGAGGGCUUUUCUCUCAAGGCGCUUGGGAGAGCCACGGCUUUCCGGAGCUUUGACAGCAGCAAACAGAGCUUCACAUAAUGUGUACCAACCCUCUCUCCCCUCUCCUCGCUGUGUGUUUGAUUACUAACGUGUGCUUUAUAGGUGCCCAGACCUAACGCUCUUUCUCCCCUCCUUCAUAUUUCCACCAGUCUCUCUUUUUCUCUUUCUCUUCCUCUGCCUUGGCACACUACAAAUGAGGAAGGGCUGAGUCAUCUCAUUGACAUAAGUGGGUUAGUUAAUCUUGUACUGUCCUGGACUGAGCUGUUGCUUGAAGGUUAAUACCAGAAACUGCAGGUGCUGGAAUCUGUAGCAACAAGCAAGAUGAUGGAGGUACUCAGCAGGUCAGGCAGCAACUAUGGAGGGGAAUGGUUAGUCAAUAUUUCUAUUUGAGACCCAUCACCUAGUUGAUGUUUCAGAACAAGAUCCUUAAUCUGAAAUGGUUAUGAUACAAAUGAAGGGUCUCAAUCAGAAACUUCCAACUGUCAAUUUCCCUCCACAUGCUGCCCGACCUGCUGAGUUCUUCUAGUGCCUUCCCUGCUGCUGAGGAAGGUUGCUCAAAAUCCCACUGACAAUGAGGAGCGACACCUCAAACAAAAACAAAGUAGGCAGCUGGAAAUGUGAAAGAAAAGCAGAAGAUACUGGAAAUACUCAGCAGGAAUAGUGGUAUCUGAGAGGAGAGAAACUGAGAUAGUGAUUUCUGGUGCAGCAAUCUGGUCAUAAGGCUUCUGGCCUCAAUACAGUUUCAUCCCAAAACAUUAAUAAAAUUCUCAUCUCUCACAACCCCACAGCUCCACGUGCUGCUCAAUGUACUAAGUUCCUCCAGCAGAUUGUUGUUCCAGAUAUCAGCUUCUGCAGUCCCUUGUGCCUCUAGUGUUUUUGGUAAAUGACCUUCCAUCAGAACUCAGUUGAGAAUUCAUGCACCUUAAAAAUUAUCUCUAUUUCUCUCUCCAUGGACACUGCCAAAACUGCUGAGGAUCUCUUACAAAAUGCUGGAGGAACUCAGCAGAUCAGGCUGAGGAAAGGAAUAAACAGUCAACAUUUCAGGCUGAGAUCCUUUAUCAGGACUGGAAAGGAAGGGAAAUGAAGCCAAAGAAAGAAAGUGGGGGGAGGGGAAGGAGUACAAGCUAGAAGGCGA